GCCUGGGAGACUUGAGAGAGGGAGGCUAGAAAGAAAGAGACAGUGGACGAAGUGAAGGAGAUAGAGAUACCAAGGAAUACAGUGCGCGAAAAGGAAAAGGCGGACUGGCGUGUAGAGAAGUGACUGCAGAGACAGAGGAGGGAGCAUAGAUUGAAAGAGAAAUUCUAUCAUUAAAAUGUGAGGGAGUGGCAUAGGACAUUAGCUGGAAUUCACAGAGCAAGUAGACCCCUCAAAUUAGCGAUAUAAUUGAUCAGUCGUAGGCAGCUGGAGCAUUCCCAUUGGCCAAAGAGGUGGAGCGAAUGUAACGGAGAGGUGAGGCUUUAAACCAAGACGCUCCGCGUACAUCUCUGGGGGCAGAAAGGAAGAGAGCCGUGGUAACUGCAAGAAUAAACCCACACACAGAUACACCAGUGUACUUACGGUCCCGAUUCCAGCCUGCGCCAUGGACUCGACAAUCUUCCAGAUCAUCAUCGACGAAUUUGACCCUAACUGCAGCCUAUUAGAUGCUCUCCAGGAUCAUUUCUACGAAACUGAACCUGUCCCUGUUGUUGAUCUGACUGGUGUUUAUUGCAACUCAACAACCGAUGAAAUAGGAACUUGCUGGCCGAGAACGACAGCGGGGCAGCUUGUGGCGCGACCUUGUCCUGAAUACUUCAAUGGAAUCAAGUACAAUACUACAAGAAGUGUAUACAGAGAAUGCACCAGAAAUGGAACAUGGGCUUCUAGAAUCAAUUACUCCCACUGCGAACCCAUCUUGAUGGAGCAAAAAACAUAUGAAGUCUAUGAAGUCCACUAUAAGAUUGUCCUCAUCAUCAACUAUCUGGGUCAUUCUAUCUCUACUGGAGUCCUAAUAAUCGCCUUUGUACUCUUCCUCUGUUUAAGGAGUAUUAGAUGCCUUCGGAAUAUCAUUCAUUGGAAUCUGAUAACCACUUUCAUUUUGAGGAAUAUUCUGUGGUUCCUGAUGCAAAUGAUUGAUGAAGAAAUACAUGAGAGAAAUGAGCCCUGGUGCCGUCUUGUCACAACAAUCUACAACUACUUUGUGGUGACUAAUUUCUUCUGGAUGUUUGUGGAGGGGUGCUAUCUCCAUACAGCUAUAGUGAUGACCUACUCCACAGACAAAAUGCGCAAGUGGAAAUUUCUGUUCAUUGGAUGGUGUAUCCCUUGUCCCAUCAUUGUAGCCUGGGUUAUAGGCAAACUUUAUUACGAAAAUGAAGAAUGUUGGUUUGGAGAAGUAGCGGGACAUCGUAUGGACUACAUCGUUCAGGGCCCAGUUGUACUGGUACUGCUGGUGAAUUUUAUCUUUCUCUUCAACAUUGUGAGGAUCCUGAUGACAAAAUUGAGGGCAUCAACCACAUCUGAGACAAUGCAGUAUAGGAAGGCAGUGAAGGCAAUUUUAGUUCUGUUACCCCUUCUCGGCAUCACCUACAUACUGUUCUUCAUUGAUCCAGGCAAGGAUGACAUCUCAUAUGUUGCUUUCCUCUACUUCAAUUCAUUUCUGCAGUCCUUUCAGGGUUUCUUUGUGUCAGUGUUUUACUGCUUCCUGAAUGGAGAGGUGCGCACGGCUGCUAGAAAGAGGUGGCAUCGAUGGCAAGACAACCACACUCUAAGAGUACGAGUUGCACGGGCUAUGUCCAUACCAACCUCACCCACAAGAAUCAGCUUUCAGAGCAUAAAGCAAACAGGUGUCUGACCCGACAAUACUGAGAAGCCUUCUUUUUGAAUUUUUCAUUGUUUUCCUUCAACCCUGAAGUGAUUUGUUUGUUUGUGGAUUGUUGUGCACAUUUAAAACACGUGAUGGUGAAUAAGAGAAACUAACAAUCCACGUCUCACUGCAAGUAAUCAAAGCUGGGGAGUCAGAGUGGAGCAGUCUGUAAUUUUCGUUCUAGCAUGCAGCUCAGAAAUGACCCAGGACAGCGAUUGAGGCUGCAUUAAUAGGGCAGCCCACUUAACGUAUUCCAUGGUCCGGCUCUAAAAGAGCUUGUCACAAUCUCAGGGCAAGAAUGAAGUCCAUUUGAAAGUUUUAUUCUACCAGGUUUUAUUUUGCAUCACUGAUCUCACGUGCUGAAAUCUGGUUCCCCACUGAAACAUCACCUUGAUUGGGCAACUGGGAAUCUAUAGUGCAGGGAGGAAAGGGAGGAAAUCUUAAUUCCUGAUGGCACCGAGAAGAAUGCUGAAGCUUGUUAAUAUUAAACCACUGAGAAAAAGCACUGAAAGAAUGACUAUCUUUUCUAAAGCCCAUGCAAUGCUGUCUGCUGGACAGUGCAUACCAAGUGGAAAAAGGACACCACAUCUGUCAAAUGAUAUGAGAGAGAGAUCUGUUUGUCAAAGAAUUUGUGUUAAAGACAGAAGAAACUGAAAAUGGAAGAGUUAAUCAUUUCCAUGAACUAGAGGGAGCAAUGCAUGAACAGUGUGAGCGGCAACAUCUUGCUCAAACAAUUUUACUGAAAGAAGACAAUUUCUAUGCUAUUUCAUUGGUAUUAUUUUGAUUAAUGAAUUAUUGCAGACCAUGGCUGGUUACUAUUCAAUUAACCACCUUGAGGUCAUAUGGGGAGUUGCUGUAUUGAUAUUUCCCUCUGUUCAGAGACCCAGGCUCUUGGAAUACCUAACUACAACCCUUUAUUUAACACUAUGGUCAAUGCUGAAACAGAAAUCGUUGACUAUGUGGAACCCAUCCAGAGUCUGUGUAAUUGGUGUUCAGACCUAACCAGAAUGUCUAGACCCUGAUUACCAGCAGCAUGGAGCAACCACAUCAAAGGGGAUACCUGUUAUUGGCAGCUAACUAGAUACAAAAAGAUACAUGAAUCACCUAGGUAUAAAGGGUACCUGCUGUACAGCCAUUCCCCAAACAAGGUGACUGUGAUAGAGGCAGUUCACGCCUUACAGAACAUUUAACGUGAGAUGCUUUUUUUUACAUUUGAGGUUUAGUGUCACGCUCUUUUAAUGAAGUAGACCCCAUGCAGUUAAGCAGUGCUACAUGUUAAAAGUGGCUUGUUAUAUACAAAGUUAACAAUUGUAACAAUAUUUAUAUCAAAACAUGCCAUGACAUUUAGGCAUAUAAAUUUAUAUUUUCAUGUAUGUUCCUAAGUUUAAGAUGGAGUGCACUAGGAUCACGGCACAUUAAGGCAUGCUCCACUGCCAUCCACACUUUACAAAUCCAGUAAUCCACAUGGAAAUCAGCAAUUCCUAUUGAAGCUAAUUUAAGACAAAGUGUGACUUUGAAACUGCAAGUGCUAUCUUGCUGCAUCCUGACUGUGUUCAGAUUAGAACUCCAACUUUUCUCCUAACUCUCACAGGAUUUCAAGUUAUGAAAUCACGUUCACUUAGCCUUCCCAUGUUCCUCCAGCCUAAGGGCAAAUUAAUCUGAAUUUAGUUGUUCUUUCUACUUUGAAAUGUAGUUUCCUUCCAGGGUAGAUGAGGGACAUUGGCCUGGAAAUUCAUCAACAUCUUUAAACCCACACUGAAAGGUAGUUGUACGGUGCACAAAUGAAAAUAUGUUGAUUCUGAGACCAAAGCCAAGUUGUGGGGGAGGAAUAAAACAGAAAGUGGCGGAAACAGUCAGCAGGUCAGGCAGCAUCUGUGGAAAGAAACAGAGUUAACAUUUCAGGGCAAAGACCCUUCAUCUGUUUCCUUUUCCAGAGAUGCUCCCAGACCUGCCAUGUAUUUCCAGCAUGUUCUAUUUUUGUAUCAGCAUUCCAGCAUCUUCCAUUGUUUGGCUUUCAGUGGGUUAGAGUGGGUUGCAGUCCAGACCUGGGGGAGAUUUGAAAAUGGGGAGAUGCAUGAGGAAUGCAUGGGGAAUUGGGAGAUCAAAUGAAAUGCAUGAAGAUUAAGAGCCAGGAGCAAAACAAGGAUUAUGUAAUUGGUGCCAAAUGAUUGUGAACUUUGGUGGGGUGGUUGGGAGAUCAUGGGGGUGAUAGGGCCUGGAGAGAACAGAUUAGUUUUUCAAACCAAGGGCCCCAUUUAGGUUGGGUUCCCAGCUCUGGGCUUGUACCUGCCCUAAGAGGCCUCCGCCAAGCUGCAUUGCUGUAAAGGAUUGCAUUCUGAAAACCUCAUUGUUCCAAUGACUUGCACACCUCAAAGCAAUCUGAUGUCACCCUGUGUGUAACCAAUGGGGAAUUGUGUCAGACCCACAAGGUGAUUUGUGGCCAGGAAUGCACAGGCAAAUUCCCAGUGUGGCACAAUGUAACUGAUCACAUUCCACUGUAGAAAUAAGUGACAUUUAAACACAUAGUACUGAAAAUGUGUCCAAAUUUCUGGGCCACCAUUCCAAUACAUAUGACCAUGGUGUACCUGACCAGAGAGUGAUUAAUUGAUCAUCAAUUAAGUGGGAAAUAGUUUCAUUCUCCAGCACCAAGUCAUAAAAGCACAAAGUUAUAUCCCCUGAAAUAUUAUUCGGUACCCCUGACUAGGUUAUGAGAUGGAUAAAGGUCGUUUGUACCUCAGAUCAGUAUCUUCACCCAGCCACAUGAAAUUAACAUUUUAUGGAUUGUAUCUCAGCAAGUUAAUCUCCUGAAGGCAAUUCCUGUAUUAAUCCAUGAUCCUCCAAGAAAAUCAAAUGCAAUUUCGCAAUGUUCACCUCCAGCUCCGCCAUCCCACUACCCCAUUCUGCCUCUCAAAUCCUCUUCAUACGAAUCACCUAUAUUGUGUUUCAGUCCUGGCCAAGUAACACAGGACUCAUUGUGUCCCACAGUGCAUCUCAUCACUGCCAUCUGUCCCUAUCCAUAUCACCUCCAGUUACAUUCCCAGAGAAAUCUUUAUCCAGCUUCCUUUGAAAGGAGUUAAUAACACAACCUCAAAUGCUUCUGACUGUGAGUCUGAUUCAAAAAAGCUGCUACUUUGCGCAAAAGAAGGCCAGAUUUCCUCGGAGCUUCUCCCAGCCUCCUAUUCUGUCUUUGCCAGAAGCCCAUUUACACAGGAAUGUGGAGUUUUGAUCCCACUUCAAGAGGAGUUAAGGCAAAAGAGUGAAAGCAGCUCCAUGGAAAUUCCCAGACAGUUUCUUUGAACCUUGCUUAUUUUAAAACUGUAUCCUGUGGUUCUAUGUCGAUAAAGUCAAGUUACUCAGUGCAGUUGUGUUUCUGAGAGAUAUGAUUUGUACAAACCAUUCGUUGUGUAAUUUUGAUUUUAUCCUAAUUAUAUGAGAUUGGGGAAGAAAGAAGGUUGGCAAUCUUAUGAAACAGAUGUAUAUUUUUGGUUGUAAUAUAUGUGCAAAAUUUAUAUGUAAAUCAUAUAAAAGUAUAAAGUAUUUGAAAAUUCAG